CCUCCUUCGUCCACCGCAGUCUGCUGAUGGUCAGCCGUGGGAGAGAAUUCACUUCUAGGCCUUGCAGUGAAGCCACAGGACACAGCGCCAGCUCCCGCCAGCAGCUUUCCGACGGCCGGGCUCGGCCUCCUUGUCCAUCAGAUGCUCUUUGCAGACGGCAUGGGAGCCCUCCCUCUGCCACUUUCCUGCCCUUCACAUCCCUCCAACGCCUGAGCCAGCUGCGACCAGCACUUGCCACCUGUGGUCUAAACACACACGUGUCCUGCCCUUGGGGGCCCUGGUCCCCACAGCGGCCCCGAGCUGUGCAGAGACCUGCUAACCCCUGUCUGCUCAUGCCGGGUGCUCAAGUGAGCCAGGUCCAGAGGCCCAUGUGUUUUGGGCUUGGAUCAUUUCACCCCGCGCAGACUGGGAACACCCCUUGGAAACUCAUGGCGCUCUGCAAAGCCCUCUCCGUCACACCACCUCUGUCACGAGGCUCGGCUGAACCUAAGGAGAGCGAUGGCCUGGCUCUCCUGGCUGGGGGCACAGAAAGUGGACUGCCAUCCUCAGGAGGGCGGCAGGAAGGUACCCUGCCACGGGGAGAUCUUCCUGGCGUCAUAGCAAGCCUACCUGGACCAGAGUGCAGCUCCAUGCUGUUCACUGCAGCCCGAGUUCCUGGGCACCAGCACCACCUGGCAGAAGCGACAGGCUCUCUUGCCUGUGACCUCCUGUCACCACUCUGGGUGCAGCCAGUCCUGGCCUGCAAACCUCCAGAUGUCUCAUGGUCACCCAGUCUCUGCCCCGAGUCUUGGAAGCGGGACUCACAUGGGAACCCAGCGUGCCGACCUCUCCGCCCCCAUGUCCCCGAGGCCACUGAGGCUCAUCUGCACCCUGUCCUGGCUCCUGAUCGGGCCCAGCCCUCCGCUGCCCCCGUCGUGCCACACGCCGCACGUCACCCGUGUCCCUGGGCCUCUCAUCAGAAUUCCAGCAUGUCCUGCACCUCUCAAGGGUUCCCCUCAGGGGCCGGCUAGAUGGCAGCUGCCCUGGUAAGUUUAAAUCAUCAUUUGGUUCCCAAAUUCAAUUUGCAGCCACCAUGGUCAGGAGCGCAGCUGCCAGGAAAGCGUCCCGGUGCUGGCGGGGCCCCGGGGCCACUGAAGCCUGUCUGCAGUCACGCGCUCCCCUCUGCAUCGCGCAGCUCUUCAGCCCGCCCGCUACGAUAUUAAAUAUUGAUUCGUCUUAAUGAAUGACAAAGUGCUAACAUGUGAUCCAUAAUAACGACGGCUCUCUUGUUAGGGGAAUCUUGUGCUUUGAAGCCUUUAAAAUCUUGACAAGGCCCAGCCCAGCAGCCAGCUGCAGUCACAGCUGCGGGUACAGAGCUGCCAGGGCACCAAGCCACAUGCACCACCCAGCCCGCCCCGGCGUGGCACGCAGAGUCAGGUCAGUCCCUCCAGCCCAGCUGACAACCCAUUUACGUGUGACAGUCGGGUCUGCUGAGAAGUGGACAUCGAGAUGGCAGAGACACAAGGGUUUCAUGAGACAAAGCCUGAGAGACAAGGCAGGGGGGCGCGAGGCGGAGAGCCGGGGACGCAGCCCGACCUCGGUCUAGCUGUUGGUAUGACCAGAGCACCUUGGCUGGGCAGAGCAGACACUCACCCCUGCUAGCCUGGGGAGAGGCCCUGUUAGCAGGAAAGGAGCUUCUCCGGGCACCCAAGGCAGGCGUAAUCAGGCAAGAUGCUAGGCUGCACUGUGACCCGCGGAGGUCAAGGGAGUCUGAGCAGUGUUACCCCCAUCUCUCUCUCACGCUCACUGUCUCUGUGCCUCUCCCUGUGACAGAGCCCUCGGUGCCUGAACCUGCCCCGUCCCCCAGGUGACCCUCCAGGGCUGCCUGCCUGCCCGGGUGUCCAGGGUAGAUGAGAGGCCUGUCCUGCAUGGCACCUAGAAUCUUCCUGGCAGGUGUUGGCACUGCCCCUUCCUUAUCUCCAGGCCGGAAAGUCCUCCCGAGCCCUGGAAGCCUUCGGUGGGGGCCCUAAUUCUGAAGGCCCUCGGCACCGCCUUCCUCGUGUCCCUGCUAAAAUGUGCCUGUGAGAUCUCCAUUCUCGAUGGCCAGGAGACAGUCCAUGUCUACAGAGCCGCUGACCGGCCGAACGACCCAGACGGAGGCUGAGGGCCCCCGAAGCGGGUCUCACUCUCCUCUGGGACCCGUGUCCACGGGACUCGGGCUUCAGGAGGGGCUGUGUGUGAGUUCCUAACUUCUGGUCACUCGCUUCCACUGAGAAGCUAGCAGUGAGGAGCUGGAGGUCCAGGGAAGGAGGCUAUGGCCUAGGGGUGGGGCCGCCAUGACUUUCCAACUCGCACAGCCCCUGCCCUGCCUUCGCCAGUACCCAGGCAUCCAGGAAGCCUGGUUCCCGGGGCCUUCGGCUCGCCAACCUGGGCCACCCGGCAGGCCUCGCCUCACCAUGAGGUGAGCGCUGACCUUUGGGCCCUGCACACCCUGUGGAGGGUCCCGGAGGGUAGGACGACCUGGCACGUUCGUCUCAUAGCCUGUAAAUAUUGACGGGGCCUCCUCUUUCAGAAAGUCUUGUAAAAUAUCCAUAACAUUCUUUUGUCUAUUUUUUUAAAAGCCACGACAGUGCAGGGUAGGCCUCAGAGCCCUCGGUGUGAAGGACCAGAGCAGAACCAAAGCGACUCCAUUUUGUCCCACCUUACUGAGGGAUGGCACCUUUCAAAACUGGGCGAGCCGGACACAUAAAGUCAUGAGACCAUCACCCCACCGGGACUGGCCAAUGAAAGUAACAAAGGAGAUACCAGAAACCUAAAGUAAGGUUUUGCCUAACUCAACGGUUUUUUAACCAAUCAGCCAGAGACGCUACACUCCCUGUGAUCUCCAACCAACGUGCUGUCCUGAGUGCUUUCCUCAGCACCCCUCGGCCUCCUCUACAACGGUCAAAUAAAAACCCAGCCCCGCUAACACCGGGGCUCUCAACUCUGACCCGCUGUGCCAGCGAGUCUGGGCGUCCUGGCUCGAGCCUGAAUAAAAGCGGCCCUUGCGUGUUUACAAGGAACG